UUUUGUCAAUGUUGUGGGCGUGUGGUAAUGUAACUCCUACUAGUUUGGCCUUCUGUGUACGUGGUAUGUUUAUGUCAUUGACUGUGGUAGAACGCCAGGUUUUAAUUAAUAUUGCUAAUCUGCACGAAAAAAAAAAUCAAUGCAGCAUCACACAUCACAAGGUUCGAUGGAACCUACUGAAGCAAGCCAACAUGUUCGCGGCAUAGCUACGGGCGAUGGCAAGGCUAAAGCGUUGUAAAAGUCAAGCCCCCUCACGGGCAUCACCUGACACCUCGGUUGAAGCGAGCUGCCGACGACGACAAGAACUUCGCCGUUAACGGCCCAGCCCCUCCAAACGUCUCAAGGCUGGAAGAGAUAGUUCUCUGCCAGGUCCCGAUACUUCGGAGUUUUGUUCUGUUCGGCUACGGAAACAGUGACCCUCCAAUUUACUGCAACAUCCAGGAUGCGGUGGUGGUGGUGUUGGGAAGCAAAAGUAUCACAGAACUGAGCCAGUGCCUGCUUAAUGAUUAUGUGAUAGUAUGCUGUUUCAUGUUCUCUGAUGUUACUCGAAGGGGAAGAGAUAGUGAAUUAUGUACAAGCUGUUUUAAGUUUGUUGUUGUAGAGCAAGGUUUCUAUGUGAUUUAAAUUGAAUCGGAGUAUCUGUAUAGAAGUUAUGGUGAUUGGUUAGUAGAUAUGGGUGUAAUGUCAUUGAUAUACCUUCUCAAAGAACCAGAACAUUAUUAGGAAAUUUGUUACUUGACGUUCGUAAAACCAUAGUGAUCCAGAAAGUUUAUUUCAAUAAAACAUUUCAUAAUUAAAAGCGGAACACACUGCAAACAGCGAUAAAAAGCGAGGGUAAAUGUUAGUUUUAUUUUGAAUAGUUUCGCUCUGGGCACCUGAGAAUUCGUCAACAAUCACGACGGGCACACCAAGCAAUGCAAGUCGCUGAAUCUGACAAAGAUCGAAUCAGUGUCGAAAUCGUAUGCCUUUCAUUGAUUAUCUGCUGGUCUAUCAGUAUUUCGUUGGGGUUUGCAAUGAAACGAGGAGCAGCAGGGCGUUCACGAAACACGUUAAUCUGAAAUGAAAUUGAAACUAAAAGAUUCGAUUUUUCGAACGUCAAAUAGAUUACCCAUUAUCAUUGCUUAUCAUUAAUCUCUAGUUGAAAUUUUGUUCACCUGUCUGUUCACAACCCUAACUAAUGUGAUGGCAAAAGCUAAAAUUAAACUAAAGAGCUGCAUACUCUAAAGAGUCAGAAAAUGAUGCGAAUGACACCCAAGAUCAUGGUUGAGUAUUUGCAAAAUUAACUCAAAUAGUCGGUAGAAGAUGUUGAUGGCCAGCAAAACUGCAUAGAAGUAAACAACCCUGAAAUAUUUGCAGAAGCCGAAAGAUCGCCACUUAAUAGCUCAGACUUAGCAGAGUCAAAUAAGGGUGGUAAUACAGCAUGAACCAGUGAAUCAAUAAACGUUAUUCCAUCUGUCACUGAAACAGGCACAGCCAGUGGAAGAACAAGGAGCCAUCACAAGGUGUCCAAUCUACAUACUAAGGAAAUCCAUACACAGUGGAAAAACUAGCAGUAAACCAUAUUAUCUCUCAAUAAACUAAUCAAUGUCAGAUACAUAUCUAACGAUGGCUAUGAACACAUUGUUGUUUACAUUGUUACAUAGAAAAUCUCCACGUGUUUUGAAAACGGUCUGUGAUAGGACAAAAACUACAUACAAUAACAUAAAUUUUAAUUUAAAAAGUGAGUUGUUUCCCCUUACAUACGUUAUAUAUUAAAUACGCAUGCGUAGUAAUGGUGAUUUGCUUUUCGCUGACCAGUGUUGAUUCUUUGGACCGCAAUCCGUGGAUAAAUUCUCCGUUACAUAAAUCUUAAAAUCUCAUUCUGUUUUUAUUUUGUGUUACUAAUUAAGUGAAAAUUUAACUUCUAAGAUUACCAUUCGACAUUGGAAUUCAAGAAUAUCUUCUUCACCUUGGAUAGAUCAUCAUUAUUUAUCACCUGCUAAAAUUAAAGGAAAAUGUUACGCUGAAGUAAAACAACUGUAUUUGUUACUGGGAAAUAUUUUCUCUGACUAAGAAUAUUAGCAAAAUUUUUGCAGUCUGCAAAAUGUACAAGAUGAUUUUUACAUUGUAAUUAAACUUGGAUUGCAAAUGAGUUUGCAGUAUCUUCAGAUAUUGACUAAGAUCACAGUUGAUGUAGCAGUGGAAAUAUUUGUUGAGAAUAGCAAAUUUAAAAUUAAAAAGAAGAAAAGCAUCUGCAUAUUGUGUUGAUACAAGAAAAGACAUGGAAAUUGAAUUGUGGGAGAACAAUGUUAAAUCUGAAACACAGUCAAAAAUGAUUCGAUUUAUUGAUGAGAUAUCAAAAGAUAUUGGAAAAACAUCAUACUACUGUGACAUCUGUAAAAAGUCGUUCACUCUGAAAAGUAACCAAACUGCUCAUGAACAUACACACACAGGGGAGAAACCAUAUCACUGCGCUAUCUGUGGUAAAUCAUUCUCUCGAAGUAAUCAAUUAUCUAAACACAAACGUAUUCAUACACAAAAAAAGACAUAUCACUGUGAUAUCUGUGGUAAAUCAUUUUUUCAGAAAAGUAAUUUAACUACACAUAAACGUAUUCAUACUGGAGAGAAACCAUAUGACUGUGAUAUCUGUGGUAAAUCUUUCUCUCAAAUAUAUAAUUUAAUUACUCACAAACGUGUUCAUACAGGGGAGAAGCCAUAUCACUGUGAUAUCUGUGGUAAAUCCUUUUCUCAAAACGAUGACUUAAAUAGACACAAACGUAUUCAUACAGGAGAGAAGCCAUAUCACUGUGAUGUUUGUGGUAAAUCAUUCUCUCAGAAAAGUAACUUAACUACACACUUAUAUAUUCAUACAGGACAGAAUGCAAAACCACACCACUGUGAUAUCUGUGGCAAAUCAUUUUCUCAGAAAAGUAAUUUAACUACACACUUAUACAUUCAUACAGGACAUCAUCCUAGACCACACUGCUGUGAUAUCUGUGGUAAAUCAUUCUCUCAGAAGAGUAACUUAACAACACACAAAUACACUCAUACAGGCGGCAAGCCAAAACCAUAUCACUGUGAUAUCUGUUGUAAAUCAUUCUCUAAGAAAAGUAACUUAACAUUACACAAACACAUUCAUAUAGCAGAGAAACCAUAUCACUGUGAUAUCUGUGGUAAAUCAUUUUCUCAAAUAUAUAACUUAUCUUCUCACAAACUCAUUCAUUCAAAUGACAAACGAUAUUACUGUGAUAUCUGUGGUAAAUCUUUCUAUAAAAGUGAUAACUUAACUACUCAUAAACGAAUUCAUACAGGAGAGAAACCAUAUCACUGUGAUAUCUGUGGUAAAUCAUUCUCUCAGAAAGGUAGCUUAACUACACACAAACUUGUUCAUACAGGAGAUAAACCAUAUCAAUGUGAUAUCUGUGGUAAAUCAUUCUCUCUAAAUCAGCACUUAACUGCCCACAAACACAUUCAUACAGGAGAUAAACCAUAUCACUGUGAUAUCUGCGGUAAAUCAUUCUCUCAGAAAAGUACCUUAAUUACACACAAACACAUCCAUACAGGUGAGAAACCAUAUCAAUGUGAUAUCUGUGGCAAAUCAUUCUCUCUAAAUCAGCACUUAACCAAUCACAAACACAUUCAUACAGGGGAUAAACCAUAUCAGUGUGAUGUCUGUGAUAAAUCAUUCUCUAAGAAAGGUAACUUAAUUACUCACAAACAUACACACACAGGACAUAAACCAUAUCACUGUGAUAUUUGUGGUAAAUCAUUCACUCAAAAUGGUGCCUUAGCAAAACAUAAGUGUAUUCAUACAGGAGAGAAUCCUUAUCACAAACUGAACAACACUUAAAUACAUUUGUACAGGAGAGAAGCUACAUAAAUAUGCACGUGGUAAAUCAUUCUCUCAAAAAACACAACUACACAUAUGUGUGUAAAAUUGAGUCUAAUUUAUCAAACUUUUAAAAAAACAAUCACGUACCUUCAGUCUGUGAGAAAAGUUCUUGUGUUAUGACAGCUAAUGGCAUGGUAAACAGGAUGUAUAUAUGUUCACCCAAAAUUACAGACACUCUUGACCUCGUCAAUCAAUGCGUGCUUGCAUGCAGACCAGGCGUACUUUUAUUUUUAUUAAGCUCACAAACACACGUGAAAAAUCAAUCAAUCAAUGCAUCAAAACCUGAAUUUUAAAGACCAAUGGUAAGAUCACUAAAACGUCGAGCAAAUUCAACUGAACAUACAGCACAUCAAAAUUUUGGCCAAAACGUACAGUUUUGUACAGUCACUGGCAGCACUGGGCAUCAACCACAAUUACGAUCUCACUUGGCUUCACAGGUCUUCUCAAGCAUGCUAUAUUGCCGAAGCUCAAAGUUUGAAAGGUGCUUUUUAUGUAUCACUGGCAUGGGUGCCAGUUACACGACACUGGCAUUGGCCACAACUACAAUUUCACUUGGCUUGACAGGUCUUCUCAAACGGAUUUAUAAAUGACAAGCUUCUUUCAUUUUCCAGCUACCAAAUUCACCCAAGGCUCUUGUUGAUCCAUCCACCACAGCAGAAUUUAUACUGGUGCUGGUGCCACAUAAAAAGCACCCAGUACACUCUGUGGAAUGGUUCACCUUAGGAAAGGCAUCUAACCACAGAAAUCCUGUGAAAGCAGGCAGCAAGAGCUUGGUGUAGUCCUCUGGCCUUAUUAGCUCUAGUCAAACCAACCAACCCAUGGCAGCAUGGAAAAUGAAUGUUAAAUGAUGAUGGAAAACCACAUGGUUGGGAAGCAAACUUCUUAAGCAUCCAUUCAUGUCCUGUGCCUAUAUCAAUGCCAAACUUCAUUCAAUGAAAGAAGAAUAUAUCAAUAAAUGUAUUCACACAAGAAAGACAUUAACAGUAUGAUAACACCUUAACACUACGUUUUAUAUAACCACAAUAUAUGUACAUUGAUAACUUUAUUUACUAUUUUGAUAUUUUUAAUAAAGAGAAAUAAUUAAGAA